AAAAAAAAAAAGCACCUUUGCCACCACACUCGUGCGUUCCACGCGCUUCAACACUCGCGCACAUCCUCCUCCUCUCCUCCGAUCAUCAUCGGUUUCCUUCUCCGAUCGCCGUGGGAACGAUUCGUCCAACUCUUACAGGCUUCCCAAGUCUCUCUGUCUUAGGGUUUUUGGGUGAAAUUGAUUCCUUUUGUCCUCUCGUUCCAAAGCGGAAUGGUUGAUAGUAGUAACAAGAGAAGGAAGAGAACCAUUAGCGAAGGCGACAUCGCCACGCUUUUGCAGAGAUAUGAUGCGGAGACGAUACUGAGACUGUUACAAGAGAUGGCCUUUUAUUCCGAUGUCAAGAAGAUGGACUGGAAUGAGCUCGUGAAGAAGACCACCACUGGGAUUACCAAUGCUAGGGAGUUUCAGAUGCUGUGGAGACACCUUUCAUAUCGUGAUCCUCUUCUUCCCCUGGUGGAAGAUGAUGCUCAGCCUCUGGACGAUGAUAGUGACGUGGAGUGCGAGUUGGAAGCUUCUCCAGCAGUCAGCGUUGAAGCAUCAGUGGAGGCUGUUGCACAUGUCAAAGUGAUUGCUGCUUCGUAUGUGCCAAGGGAGUCCGAUAUCCUCCACGAAUCAACAUCUGAGGCUCCCUUGACAAUAAACAUACCUUAUGCUCUCCCUGAGGGAACUCGGGAGUCUCCUUGGUCGUCAAGAGGGAUGAAUAUCACCUUUCCUGUUUGUCUUCAGAAAGCUACAUCUACCGAGGGGAUUAAUGGAAAUGUUUCAGCUAGUACUAGCAUGGCUUCACAACGGAAGACGAGGCAGAAAUGGUCUGCCGAGGAGGAUGCCGACCUGAUUGCCGCUGUGAAGCGGUUUGGUGAAGGCAACUGGGCUCAUAUUGCUAGAGGAGAGUUUAGAGGAAGGAGAACCGCCUCCCAACUCUCUCAGAGGUGGCCGCAUCUAAGAAGAAGGUAUGAUACUUCGACCUCUGCUAGCCAAUCGCAGAUAGCUGUUAACCAUGCGUUAUCUUUGGCUCUGGGAAAUCGACCCCCUUCAAAAAAAGUUGCAGUAGGAACUCAAGGCAGUGGAGGCCGUCCUUCUCAAGGCCAACAACAGUCCAAACCAGUUGCUGUUCAAACAUUGUCUCGGGCAGCAACAACAGUUUCAGCUUCAAAAUCUCGAGUUGUUAAUAAAACAACGGCAAGGUCCACUUCCAGAUCGGAUUUAAUGGUAACAGCUAAUUCAGCUGCUGCUGCAGCAUGCAUUGGUGGCGUAAUGGCUGCUGCAUCAGUACCAAAGGUCGAAUCUGUAAAAAAUGCUCCUACAGCCAGUAUGCCUCGUCCCCCAGGUAGCCUCGUUGAGCCAGGAAAGACUGUUUCCCCUUUUAGUAUUACUAAAGCUGUUGGACCUGCGAAUACACCGCCUCUAGCUAAUGGAAACUUGAAAUCUGUGACGCCUUCACCAUCUUCUAUCAAAUCUCCUCUCAUGGGUUCUCCUUCAGAAGGAUCUACUGCAUCGAAGAUCGUCUCCAAUCAAGGAGUUUUUUCAGCCUCGGUCCCAGCAACUGUAUUACCUCCAAAGCCAACCGCAGAGACUGUCAUUUGCAAACCAGAUGGUGGACACAAAGAGCAAGCUAGAGGAGAUGGAGCAAGCUCAGUGGUUGCCAUCCAGUCAAAUAAGAUGACCUCAACAAACUCGGAGAUUAGCAGGGGAAAGCAGGCUGCUACACACGCUCAGACUGCAGUUCUCGGUGCUGCUAAUCAAAGUUUGGUGGAUAAAACUGCAGUGCCAUCCAUCAGUGGAGCUGGUUCUGAAUCUAAAUCAAAAUGUGAAGUAAACAACAAGGUCGGUUCGGUAGUCACAGUGAGUAAAGCAUGCGGAAAGCCCCCAGAGGUUGCAACUGUGAGAGGAACAGGACAGGAUGUUUAGUUCUUUGACAGAAACAUCUUAUGCUUUUAUUUUGAAUUUUUAGUUUUUAUUAGGAGACUUUUAAGAAAGAUUUUAUGUAAAGUAGGCCUUCCCCAGUACAUGGUACUAAUUAAUAAUACAAAUCUCAUACA